GAGUUUUCGUGAAGAAGAAGCAAACUUGAAGGUCGGUCCGCGGAGAAAUCGAGUUACUAAGAGCGAGACUAAUUUUCCAAACAAUGGAUGCGAUAAACACGCAGCAGAUAUCAGCAAGGACGAUCGAGAAGGUGGUCGUUCAUCCACUCGUCUUGCGUAAUAUCGUCGACAAUCACAACCGCAUGGCUGGGGCCUCGGGAAAGCGUGUUGUCGGUGUUCUUCUCGGCAGUAGCUCCCGUGGUAUCGUUGGUGUCACCAACAGCUACGCAGUGCCCUUCGAGGAGGAUGACAAAGACCCAAGUAUCUGGUCUUUUGAUCGCAACCACCAUGAGUACAUGUUGCGCAUGUUCAAGGGCCUUAACGGCAAGGAGGAUGUGGUCGGUUGGUACAGCACAUGCCCUGAACUCAGAGUAAAUGAUUUGGCUGUUCACACUUCUAUCUUUAGGAGCUGCAGCUGUGUUCUCAAUCCAGUUGUGUUUGUCACUAUUGCCAUCGUGCCUCGAAUACUUGACAUUCCCACAAAAGCUUACUAUGCAGUGAAUGAAGCCUUCGUCCAUGUGUCUUCAGAAAUUGCUCCUCCUCAAAUCGAUCAUAUCGCAGGCAGGAGCAUCCUGGUGACUGAGUUGACUCCGGGUGGGGAUAACGACCAUGUUAGUAGCAUCGCAAAUUACUACGAGUGUAUCCGAAGCCAGACUAGGAUAAGCGUUUCAGGAUAUGACACUUCGCUUGAUACGCUUGUCCUUGUUGGCCAAUUGGAUGAGCUUUUUCAGUCUUGUGGUUCUGUGAAGAACAUUCGGGUACCGAGACACCCGGUCACCAAUGCCAUUACCGGCAGACGGACUACUGUGAUUCUUGGCGGUGAAGGUGCAGCGGAGAAUGCAUUGGCUCUCGACGGAACUGAUAUGGGAGGAUGGAUUCUUUCUGUGGAGCUUUUGCCACCUGAGGUUCCAGAGAUGGCUGCUGGUAUGAGUGCUCAAGAAUAUGCACUUCGUUUCGUUGCCAGGAUGCAAUCCAGCGGCUUGGGAGGAUAGAUUUUUACCAUACAUUGUCUCCCUUGUAGACACUCUCUACAUUGUCUAUUUUCUUUUAUUUCUGCAUUUUAGACUCCUGGUUUUUAGCUAUCUUUCUAGCAUAAGAUCAUAUGUCUGGAUCUUUACUAUCCUAAAUCAUGCAUCUUCAUCAUCUGACACUUUGAUCAUUGCUUGUUGUGAAAUAUCCUUUGAUUAGUACCUACUGUAGUAACAUUUAAAAAAAAAAAAAAUUAUGCAAUCAAGGAAUGCGAGGAGAAUCUUAUAUUACAAAUUA